AUGUCACGUGUCACGAAGGCAGUUGUUAGCGUCGUACUGGUGACCUUAUGGAGCGUGACUGGCAUUUCCGCGGAAGAAAGUGCACUGGGGAACUUGAUCGAUUUCAGUCGAGUGCUUGGGUUGUACUACGGUGAUCCGGAACCGGAACUACUUGAAGCGUACGAUUACAUUGUGGUGGGUGCUGGACCUGCCGGAAGUGUAGUGGCAAACAGGUUGACCGAAGAUCCGGAAGUGACUGUGUUGUUGCUGGAAAUUGGAAAGGCAGAAAUUCCACUGAUUCAGCAGGUUCCAGGACUGUUUGUAACGCAAGCCCUUACGGAUUACAACUUUGGAUAUCUGACGGAACGGCAGCGGAAAGCAUGUUUGGGACUAGUGGAUCAACGGUGCGCUUGGCAUCAAGGUCGAGGUUUGGGAGGGUCGACGAUAAUUAACGAUAUGCUGUACACGCGGGGGAAUAGGAGAGAAUUUGAUUACUGGAAUGUUACCGGGAAUCCCGGAUGGAGCUACGAAGAAGUGCUUCCGUAUUUUUUAAAAUCUGAAGAUGCCAAAAUCAAGGACUUUGGAAGUAACGGGUAUCAUAACAAAGGAGGAUUCCUGCCUGUUGAGGAUGCUACAUACAGAUCUCCGUUAGUUAAGGCACUGAUCAAGAGUGCGGAAAAGGUCGGUCUUCCCUAUGUAGAUUACAAUGCCUAUGAGCAGACCGGAUCCUCAUACGCACAAUUCACUUUAAGAAAGGGAAGAAGGAUGUCUGCAGGAGCAGCCUUUCUGCAACCAAUUAGUGAACGCAAGAAUCUUCACAUUCUUACUAGAGCGUGGGUGUCCAAAGUACUGUUUGAGGGAAAUUCUGCAGAAGGAGUUACUUAUAUGAGAAACAAGAAGACUUAUCAUACAAAGGCCAAACGAGAAGUAAUUCUCUCAGGCGGUACCUUUGGAAGUGCCAAACUGCUUAUGCUAUCCGGAGUAGGACCUCAAGAUCACCUUGGAGAGUUAGGCAUCAAGGUCGUCAGAAAUCUACCAGUAGGUGAAACAUUAUAUGAUCACCCUGCAGUUCUUGGACCCGUUUUUACAGCAUCAAAUCUCAAUGAUGGCAAUGAAAAUUCAAAUGCUUUUUUCUCACUGCCAAAUUUAAUGCAGUACCUUCAAGGUCAAGGGCCUAUGUCAUCAGCCUUGGCGGAGGGAUUCGCAUUCUUUCGUAGCCCAUUUGCACUAUACCCCGACCCAAAUUGGCCUGACGUAGAGUUGUUGCAGUUAUUCAUCAACCCUGGCGACGAUGCAACUCCAGCAGCUAUGAAGUACUUCCGAAUUAACAACGAAACUAUGGAGAAGUACUUCAAACCCCUCUACAACAAACGUGCCUUCAUGUUUCUUUCCGUGCUGCUGCACUCGACAACGAAGGGAUCGCUACGACUAAAAUCAACCAAUCCGUUCGACCAUCCAGAAUUCAGGUACCAGUACUUUGACGACGAUCGCGACCUAGAAGCGCUAGUCUACGCGAUGAAAACAGCCGUCAAGAUCACCAGCCAGAAACCGUUCCGUGACCUGGGAGUUAAGCUAUACCAAAACAAACUUCCUGGCUGCAAACACCUGACCUUCAACAGCCAUGAAUACUGGCGAUGCCACGCCAUGACGCUCACCUACGUCGGUUAUCACUUUGUCGGCACCUGUAAGAUGGGACCCCGAUCUGACCGGACGGCUGUCGUGGAUCACCGGCUGCGGGUUCACGGGCUGCGAAAGCUACGCGUUGCGGACGUCGGAAUCAUCCCGGAAGCUCCGUCCGGACAUACUCAGGCGUACGCGUACAUGAUCGGUGAAAAGGCCGCCGAUAUGAUCAAGCAGGACAACUAUGGGCAGCGAUGGCGGUGA